CCCCGCUUCCUCCCAGCCGGCGGGGUGUAAUUAGAGCCUGGCACUGGGCGGGAACACCGGGGCACUGCUUCCAGAACUUUAUCUCAUCACGCGCUGCCUGCACUGUGCUCCCGGUUAAAGCUCAGCCCGAGGAGGCAAAGGGCAAGUCGGAUGCCGAGUGCUGGGGACUCAGAGCGGCUGCUGAUGACCGAGGGCGGGAAACGGGCGACUAGCCCUGCAUGAGGCGAAUCCCGGUUUUCUGUGAAGCCAUUUCAUGCAGAUCCCGUGCAGCAUCAUGUGCCAUCUAUGGAGGUUUUACAGCUCUUUUCCAAGAACUUUGUAAAGGACCUUAAAUGAUGUUUCAUGUUCUUCUACCAGUUUUACCUUGCGCCUACUUUUUCCUGGAGCAAAAGACAAUAAUAGUUGACACAGAUGCCAGAGAAUAGCAGGGCUCACUUGGGCCCUUAUCCACCACGAUGGAAAAGUGGAAAAGAAGGUCUUUCCUAUGAGUCGCACUAUCGUCUGAGCCAGCAGUACCCAGUGAUCCUGCUCCUGCUGCUCAUCAUCUUGGCAAUAUGCUGCGCGCUCAUAGCUGUUACCUUUGGCACUGGCCGGACCUUCUCCGACAACGUGGGCUUCCUGAUAAGUGUUUUCUGCGCCCUGGGAGUGUUCACUUUACUCUUCAUUCUGGUGUGCAUAAAAAGUGUGCUGCAGAAGGGGAUGAAACUGUUGGCUCUUAUCAUCUGGGGAUGCUUAGUCGCCAUGGGCUAUUCCUUUAUAUUCACAAGCACCAUUGUGACUCCAUGGGAUCAGGUAUACUGGACGCUGUUUGUGACGGUCAGCCUGUACACCAUGCUACCUUUAAGUAUGAAAGUGGCAAUAUUUGCUGGGCUUAGCUGCUCCCUAUCACAUAUCAUUGUCCUCAGUGUUUACGUAUCUUCAUCAAGUCACCCGCCUGCCGGGGAAUUCGCCUUGCAGAUUAUAGCAGAUGUGGUCAUCUUGCUGUGUGGGAAUGUGGUUGGCGGUUAUCACAAGCGGGUCACCGAAAGUGCAUUAAAAGACACCUACCAUGAAGCUAUCAACUUCAUUCAUUCCCGCCGCAAAUUGUACUCGCAGGAGAGGCAGCAGGAGCAGCUGUUGCUUUCAAUUCUGCCACAGUAUAUUGCAACAGAGAUGAAAGAAGAGAUCAUAGCGAGAUUAAAAGACAAGAGACCACAGCAAGAAAGUACUAACAACUUCCAUAAUCUGUACAUCAAGCGGCACAAAGAUGUAAGCAUCCUGUAUGCAGAUAUUGUGGGCUUCACACUACUUUCCAGUGAGUGCUCCCCCAAAGAGUUGGUACUCAUGUUGAAUGAGCUUUUUGGGAAGUUCGACCAGAUUGCAAAGGAAAAUAAUUGCAUGCGCAUCAAGAUUUUGGGUGACUGCUAUUACUGUGUGUCAGGGCUACCAGAAUGCUUGCCAGACCAUGCCAAGAACUGCGUCCAAAUGGGCUUAGAUAUGUGCCAGGCUAUCCGGAAAUUACGCAAAGCCACAGGUGUAGAUAUUAAUAUGCGCGUUGGGGUGCAUUCAGGAAAUGUGUUGUGUGGGGUGAUUGGGCUCCAGAAGUGGCAGUAUGAUGUCUGGUCACAUGAUGUAACACUGGCCAAUCACAUGGAAGCAGGAGGAGUGCCAGGGAGAGUGCACAUCACAGAAGCUACUUUAUCACACCUCGGAGGUGACUAUGAAGUUGAAGAUGUAACAUAUAGACAGAGAGAUCCGUAUCUUAAAGAAAAUAACAUAAAAACGUACUUGGUCAUUGAUCCCAGAACUAGUGCUGACAGCGAGGAAGAUGACAUACUGCCUACAAAGUCUGCCGACGUCACCAAGACACGGGCAUCUGUCCGUAUGACACGCUAUCUGGAAUCUUGGGGAGCAGCUAAACCAUUUGCACAUCUAAAUCAUAGAGACAGCCUAAUACCGGAAAACCUCAGCACCUCCCGCAUUAUGGAACUACCAAUGUCUGCAAUGCCUCAGUUCGGGAAUACUGACAAGUAUCGAUCUCCAAAAGAAGCAAAUGAGUCAUCAACUGAUAACAGUAUAUCCAGUAUUUUGGAAGAACUUAAAUCGUUGAGGCAAUGGAAAAAAUCUGAUGAUUUUAACCGGGUCACUUUGUAUUUCAACCAGAAAGCCAUAGAAAAAGAGUACCGACUCUCAGACUUGCCAUCCUUCAAGUAUUACACCGCCUGUUGCUUCUUCAUCUUUGUUUGUAACUUUAUAGUCCAGAUGCUGGUAUCUCCCAAGACCAGCACCCUUGGCAUCUCAUAUGGCAUUUCAUUCUUCUUAUUUCUACUUUUCCUAUUUGCCUGCUUUGCUGGACAUCUCUCUAAAUGUAUCCUCAAAGGCCCCCAACUUCUCCACUGGGUUCCUUCCCUCUCCUCUGCUCUCUCCAGCCGGCCCUGGUUGAGAGUGCCCUUUGGAAUCCUGACCGUUCUCACUGUGCUGUUUAUGGCAGUGUUUAACUUGUUCUUUUUACCAGAAACAUCGUGUCGAGUUGUGUCCAUGAAUGCAUCCACUUCAGCCACUGAAGUCGAAAUGCCAUACAGUUUGCCGUAUUACAUGUACUGCUGCAUUCUGGGGCUGCUCGCUUGCUCUGCAUUCCUGCUCAUGAACUUUGAAGUCAAGCUGAUCCUGCUGAGCAUCGCCCUGGUGAUAUACAAUAUAAUCUUCUUGCACACUCACAGCUGGCUAUCUGACUGUUACAUUGAUUUGCUGUCUAAGAGCCAGAACAUUUCCAGGCUAGGACUCCUAAAGGAGCCGAAAAUGAUGGGCAGUGUUUCAUUAUUCAUCUUCUUCUUAACCCUCUUGGCACUGGCCCGGCAGAACGAAUUUUACUGUCGGCUUGACUUUCUUUGGAAAAGGAAGUUUAAAAUGGAGCGUGAACGUAUUGAGACCAUGGAGAAUCUUAAUCGUGUUCUGCUGGAAAAUGUCCUUCCAGCUGAUGUAGCCCAGCAGUUUAUUGGGCAGAACCUUAGGAAUGAGGACCUGUAUUACCAGUCUUAUGACUGUGUCUGUGUCAUGUUUGCAUCAAUACCUGACUUCAAGGAAUUUUACACAGAAUGUGAUGAAAACCACGAGGGCUUGGAGUGUCUGCGUCUACUUAAUGAGAUAAUAGCAGAUUUUGAUGAGCUGCUUUCAAAACCGAAAUUCAGCAGUGUUGAAAAAAUCAAAACCAUCGGCAGUGCAUAUAUGGCAGCAACAGGAUUAAACGCUACAUCAGGACAAGAAAACCCACAGGAUGGAGACAGGAAUUAUAACCAUAUUGGCAUCAUGGUAGAGUUUGCUACUGCCCUUAUAGGAAAGCUGGACUUGAUCAAUAAGCACUCUUUUAACAAUUUCAAGCUGCGUGUUGGUAUUAAUCACGGACCUGUAGUUGCUGGGGUUAUAGGAGCCCAAAAGCCUCAAUAUGACAUCUGGGGUAACACAGUAAAUGUGGCAAGCCGAAUGGACAGCACAGGUGUACUUGGGAAAAUUCAGGUCACUGAAGAAACCAGUAAAGUCCUUCAGAAGUUAGGGUACACCUGUGAUCGCAGAGGAGUCAUCAAGGUUAAGGGCAAAGGUCAAUUGUGCACCUAUUUUGUUUCCACUGAUAUGGCACGUUCAGGUUCCCAGGGAAAUGUCCUUAAUUAGGUUUUGCAGUGGCAACUGGACUUGCACAGUGGACUUUCUAAGGCAAAAACCCAUCCUUUUUUGAACUUUUUUGUUAGCGUUCGACUACCAGAAUAUAACAAAGAAGCUGAUCUGUUCAUGACUAACAUAUCAAAAAUUUUUAUGACAAUCAUGACCUGGCAGCGAGGAUGCAUUCAGUCGCUAGCUGUGGAUCAAGGAAAAUCAUUUGUGCAUUAUGCCAACUUCAGGAUAUCAGCACAUAUUCAGCGGGCACUGCCAUACAGCACAAACUAAGAACCACUGAUGUUGUAUUCUUGGAAGUACAUGGACAAAGAAGUUGGAUUGUGUCAUGUCAUUUGCAGUGCAAAAUGACAUAGAAACUGUUAGAAACCUGCAAAAGGACAGUGUCAUAUCUCCCCCCUGUGGGGACUCUGUGUAUUGCUUCAAAAUAAAUGUGUGUCCAGCCUGUGAUACAACUCUGAGUAGAAUAACUGGAAAUGUGAAAGAAAAUGAGCAGUCUGGGACUGGCCCGCAAGAGACUACUACAGAUGUGUUUCCUGUAUUGUAAUACAUUCAGUACAGCACUGAACGUAUUGCUCUGUACAUAGCUAUAUUUAUAUACUGCAGCAUCAUUACCGUUGUAUUUAUUCAUCGUAAUAAAUUCUUGUUAAUAAAUCCUUGUUCUGUAUGUUUGGAAGCAACCAAAAGAACACAAAUAUUUUAGCGCCUUCAAUUAUCUGGACGGUCAGGCUCUGAAACACAGUGUCAGUGGUGGGGGUGACAGACCAUUAAUAAAUGGUGUCAGUACAAACUAGUUUGGCCACAGUUGUAAGUCUGAUUUAGGAUUGGCAGAUUAAUCUAGAGAGUUGAUUUGAUUGUCGCUUGGGGUAUAAUUUAAUUUUCUUUUCCUAUGAGAAUAAAUUGGCUACUCCCUCACCCUCAUGGGCUUUUUGACCACUUAAAGAAAAAAAGAAGGUCACACAUAUAGGGUUUUUGUUUUUUUUUGGGGCUGAAAUUUCUGCAACUGUACCAUUCAUCUAAAUGGGGCUUGCGGAACUCCAUAUACAUGCUGUAGAAUAAUCCUCAUUAAAGGGAUUGGCCACUUCUGAACCCCCUCCUGAUCAUCCCUAACGGUGUAGCUUCAGGCAGAAAAGAACAAUACUGUUUUGAAUGAACACCAUUCAGAACUAUGUAACUGCAGAAGGGGGCCAUGUCCGAGAUCUGAUUCUUAGCGGUCCGCAAUGUACUGGCACUGGCCAUGUGAACUCUAUUUGCGGAUGUAGUCCCAUUGACUUGAAUAGGUCCACAUCUGCCAGAUAUGACCAUAGAAAGGGCUUCACCUAUCUUUUUGUGGUGCAGAGGCACAGAUCAGAAGCCCAUUGAAGCACUUUGUAGUGCUUCCGAUCCAUGCCUCCACUCUGCAAAAAUAUAGGUGAAGCCCUAUCUACGGUCAUAUCUGGCGGAUGCGGACCCAUUAAAGUCAAUGGAUCCGAUCCACAUUUAUGAUACAGGCACUGGCCGUGUGCACUCUGUAUGUUGCUGACCUGCCGUUUACGGUCCGCAAUCUAGACAUUGAGCAAGUACGCUCGUGGGCAUGAGUCCUUAGGCUGUGAUUGGGCUACAAUUUUCUUGUUUUAAAAGAGGAUAAUCUACAACUUAAAAAAAUAAGACCAAGAUUGUGGCAAUAGCCGUGAUGGAUUGCAAGUUACAGCUCUUAGUAAUGGGUUCCACUGAAAGCUGCAUAUACCUGAUUUUCUAAAUGCUUUAUCUCUCCAUAUAGCUCACAUAGCAUAUUGGCCUUGUUUAAAAGCUUAGAUUAUCAGCUUUCAAAUAAGACCAGGCUCAUACUUGUAGCUGCUACCCAGCCCCAGAUAUUAAAGGUUAAAGCGGCACCUAAUUAGGCCGACUUUUGCCAGUGUCCAUGUCAUGGUGUCAAAUAAGUUGCACUAAACAAUUGUAACCUACACACACACACACACACACACACACACACACACACAAACAUCAGUAAAGUUUCAGUUUUAAACUGUCCCACCUGAGCAUAUCCUGUAUAUAGUAAAAUAUGCCGACCUCUUCUCUAGUGAUACCUGUUAGACACUGCAGUUAACAAUUAAAUUUCUUAUAUAUUUGACAGAUAGGAAAGGUUUCUAUCAGAAAAUACAUUUUCCACUGUAAAGAGCCAUUUCUCUCACCUUUAGGCUACUUUCACACUAGCGUUUUCAAUUCCGCUAUUGAAAUGUCAUAGGCUCUCAAUAGAGGAAGAAAACGCUUCAGUUUUGUCCCCAUUCAUUGUCAAUGAGGACAAAACUGAACGAAACGGAAUGCACCAAAAUGCAUUCCGUUCCGUUUGGUUGCGAUCCCAUCGCGGGCAGAAUAACGCUUUUUCUGUCCGCGAUGUGGUGCGGAGCAAGACGGAUCAGUUUUCUCUGACACAAUAGGCUAUAUAAGACAUAAUACAACCGGAUCCGUUCAUGCCGGAUGCAUGCGGUUGUAUUAUU